GUAGCGCCUCUGUAGGCGUCUAGGUUGUGGCGUCCCUCCCGCCUCCCUGGGAGCUGUUGCACUCACAAAGGCAAGUUGUCUUGACUUCCCGGAAGCCCCUUCCAGCCACAAGCCCCAGCCCCUGGCGCCCCGCUUAGUUAGUGGGGAGCGCCCCCAGCGCAGCCCAGGAUAGACAGCUAAGCGCGAUGCCUGGGGGGUGCGCCCGGGGCUCUGCUGCCGCCACCGCUGCCAGGGACCAGAGACUGCGGCUGGCUCGGUUGUUGCUCUUCCUCCUGGGCUGGGUCUCCUCGUCCACCAGCACCUCCUUGUCGUCUCUGUCGUCCUCCUCGACCUCCUCAUCUUCUACAUCCUCUUCAGUGUCGGCUCAGCCGCCGCCGCCGCCUCCUCCGCCGCCCCCUGGCCACUGCCCUGCACCCUGUGAGUGCUCUGAGGCAGCCCGGACAGUCAAGUGUGUCAACAGGAACCUGACCGAGGUGCCGGGGGACCUGCCCCGCUAUGUGCGCACCCUCUUUUUCACAGGCAACCAGCUGGCAGUACUGCCGGCCGCUGCCUUCGCCUCACGGCCGCCCCUGGCCGAGCUAGCCGCCCUCAACCUCAGCGGCAGCUGCCUGCAAGAAGUGAGCGCUGGCGCCUUCAAGCACCUGCCCAGCCUGCGCCAGCUGGACCUCAGCCACAACCCGCUGGCAGUCCUCAGCCCCGUCGCCUUUUCUGGUGGCGGCGGCGGCGACAGCAAUGCCAGCGGUUUGGGUCGGAGUCCCCUCGCAGAGCUGUUUCUGAACGAAAUUCUGCCACCCGAACACUGGGAGCAACAAAACCGGAGCUUCGUGGGCAUGGUGGCGGCCGCUCUGCAAAGUGGAGGCGCUCUGGGCAACCUGCUCCGCCUGGAGCUGUCCGGCAACAGAUUCAUUUACCUGCCCCGGGACAUGUUCUCCGGCCUGCCCAAGCUCAAGCACUUGGACCUCCACAACAACUCGCUGGUGGGUCUGGGCAACCUGGCCUUAGGUAACCUAACGCAACUGGAAACUCUCCACCUCGGGAACAAUGCAUUCAAAACCUUGUAUAAUGCUACCUUGGCCCAGCUACAGGCUCUGCCCAGCCUGAGGGUCAACUUAGACAGCAACCCCUGGCUCUGUGACUGUAACCUGGCUGAUAUGGUGGCCUGGCUUAAAGAAACUAAUAUAGUAGAGGGCAAAGCCACCCUCUCCUGCUUCUUCCCAGAGAAGAUGAGGAACCGUCCCUUGGUGAAACUGAACAGCUCUGACCUGGACUGUGGCCCACCUCCUCUAGACCCUUUGCAGACUUCUUAUGUCUUUCUAGGGAUAGUUUUAGCCCUUAUUGGAGCAAUUUUCUUACUGGUUUUGUAUUUGAACCGCAAAGGCAUAAAAAAAUGGCUAUAUAACAUCAGAGAUGCCUGCAGGGAUCACAUGGAAGGUUAUCACUACAGAUAUGAAAUCAAUGCGGACCCCAGGUUAACAAACCUCAGCUCCAAUUCAGAUGUCUAAAAAUCCUGAAGAAAGCAGAGUUGACAACAGCUAUGCAUGAGAUGUAGACUUAAGCUUUACAACACCCUAGGCUUGCUCACCCUCCACCCUUCACUACAGAAACCACAGACUGAUGGAAAGCCAUGCAGGAACUAUGCCUCCAUGUUAUAUGUAGAGUUCUCUGGUGUUUUCUGUUAACUUAAGACAAGGACAAUUACACACAGUGUUUGGCUGUACAGAAAGAGACAUGCUGUCCCCCCUCCUCCCACCCACUCUCCACCUGUUCUUGGAACUUUGUUCAAACCUGUUUGGAGGGAUUUUUCAAGUUUCAUCGUGACUGAGGACUUCUUGCAAUCUGGUUUUCUCACAGUUCAGUACAAGGUGUAGCAAUUGUAUAUACCAUUCAACAAAAGCUGCCUCAACUUUUUUGAGAACGUAUUUUAUUUGUCAAUGCUGGUUUUAUUCUUGUGUACCAAAAUUGCGGAGAAAACAAUUUUAUUCCAUAAACUGCCUGCAGAGUCUAGAAAGCUUUUUUUUCCCCUUCAGUAGUGCACAGAGGAGCAAACAAUUAGAGAGCAUGCAUGCCUACAGUAACUGUUCUGCAUAUUACAAAAGAUAACUCCCAACCUCAGACAGAUUCUUUGAAAAAGGAAGUUUCUCUGAAAAAAAGUUGCUUUUGACUGCAGUUCACAUGAAGCUACAUCAAGUUAUUUUUUUUAAAUAUAAACUGCAUCUAGAUUCAAAAAAAAUAAUUGUUAAAAAAAUUCAAUAAAGGUUCUUAAAAGAACUACAGCAGUGUCAAAGUUAUGUAUGCUGUUGUUAUUAGACUUUGUAAGGGAAAAAUAGCUUGACUAGUUUUAGUUCAGACUAAUAAACUAAUCAUUAUUCAUGUUGCCAUCUUUAUUGCAUAGCCUGAACAAUUAUUAUAUAGACUGAAGUUAGAGAUUCCUUUUGAAAUAUUGUUCUGGUUAGAUUUAAGAGAUUCUAGAUGUCUUGACUGUGAAUAUUUAUGUGAAACUGCCUUCUCUUGGCCAAAAAGUUGGUGUCUACUAACCCAGAACUAGAUUUUCAAGAGCAAUAUAAAGUAGGGCUGGAUAAUAAUUUCUCUACAGUAAACCAAAUUGAAUUUGCUGCUCUCCAAAUGUUAAUGAAGUUGCUUUUGGAGCUUAAUUAUAAAUAAAGUUCUGUCAGUGAAAUCACUCCUUGGGGUCUCAGAGCAGGAGGUGAAACACUCAGAAAGACUGAAAAAAAAAUUAAAUUGUAAAUGUGGAACAGCUUUAAAGUACAUCUUAACAUUAUGGGAUGGAGUAUUUUAAAAUAUAAUUUUUUUUUACAUUUUCCAAUAUCACAAAAUAAACUAA